AUGACAUAAGGAGGCACACAAUCUAUUUAAGUUACUGAUUUUCUCAGGCCCUUACGUCAGGCUUGGUCCUGAAUGUCUGAAAGAGCUACAAACACUUUGCUGCUCACAAAGACAACUGGUGUCCAUAUUCUCCUAUGAUUCAUCUGAGUCUCUACUAAAUAAUAAGUGUUGCUGCAUGAGUCAAGUCAUGACUCCUCAACAUAAGAUAUCGCCGCGGUGACUGUUGGGCCACCUCAGCCCUACUGAAAUCCACAGAAAAUGCCCUUGAUCGCUAUGGAAACAUAAUGAUGAGACAUUUUAUAACAGUAUAUAGACCUUUUUCGUGAAGACACUUCAAUACACACUAUAGGAUCAACGCCAUUCCUUACGUCCUCUACAUACAUUGCUUGAUUUAAUAGAAAGACUGCGCUGAAAUCGACUUCGAAAUGCUGCUGUCCGAUUUACCGUCUGACAUAAUAUACGUGAUAGCGACAUAUCUUCCAUCCGCCAGCUCGUUGGCCGCCCUCGCUCAGACCUGCCAGCGUCUGCACAAGGUCAUCUCCGCUGAAGAUUGGCGGGUAUUCCAUGCACAUUUCAAGAAUCGUUUCCCCUUCAUUGAGACGCCUCCUUUUUGGAAGGAUGCAACUCAAGCGCUUACGGCGCGCGCUCGAGCAUUGGACAGACUCGGACUGCUUUGUCGCUUCGUCCUCCCCCCACGAGAUUCGGUGAAGGUUGGAUCCCAUCGGGGCACACGGCAGGACAAUCCUACACAUGGGUAUCGACCCUCGAUUGAUUCAUAUGAAUCUUGGCCGGGUGGUUCCUGGUCGGAAAGAAAGGAGGUGCUCGUCUGGGGCGCUGCAGAUGAGUUAGUUUUGCGGAUUCGGCAGCCCACGUAUAAUGGCGGAGAGAAGUGGUUCAUGUUUAACGAUGUGAAGACGAAGAUCAGCAGCUACCAUGACGUUUGUGGUGUACAUCUUCUCAAACAAGAAGAUCAUACCAGAACGUCAGGCGACGAGCGCAUCAUAUUUGGUCGUCUGAACGGUGACCUGUGUCAUGUUGCGAUUUCGCCGGACACGGCGUCUCACAAAUACUACCAACAUUUCCUGACUAACGGCCAUGGGCUUGAGCGCACAGAGUUAAGCGGAGGUGACGAGCCUAUUCUGGCGGCCCAUUUGAACAAUGGAUCCAUUGUCUUCUAUCAGACCACAACGGGAGAAGCCGAGGUUGAGUCGUUUGCGCAUUGCAAGAUCACUCCAGACGGCACGGCUCGUAACAAGUAUUCCAAGUUCCUGUCGCCUGAGUGUUUUGCGUACGGAACGGGACGCCAGGAGGAUUCCUUGACUAUCGCCACAAUUUCGAAAGAACGACUAUCGGUGAACCGCGAGAUCAGCGUCACCUCCCUAGAUAUUGGGGAAAGUAUCGGUCUACGUCGAAAGGCCAAUGUGAGUGCAAUCGCACCUCUCACUGCUCAAUUCACCAGAGAAUCCUCCGGACAAGUAUUUCUUGCUGCCUGGGGUGACCGCUGCAUCAGACUUCACGAUCUACGCUCGCACCAGCCUUUCGAGUAUACUUACCGCGACACAAUCGAUACCAAUCCUAUUUACUGUAUACAUCCAUUCGGCCAGGAUCGUUUCCUAGCUGGCGCAGGCGGAGACGCCGUUGUCAAGAUCUUCGACCUCCGCAUGCAAAGCGCCUACAGUCACAAGGACGCACAAAUUCCUUCUCCUCCAAACAACCUUCGUCGGUCCUCAAACGGCUCCGCUCCCUACCUCAACGGGUUCCAAGACACUGUCACCUAUCCGCGCAAAGAUUUCUCAAUCUUUCUUACAGCCUCCUCCUCCGUCCGCUGGAACUCGAAAGCAGCACGCUCGCGCGUAGAUCGUCAAUACCGCGGACCGAUCUACACCAUGUCCUCGCCUUCGCCCUCCUCAUCAACCAUUUACACCGGCAUCGUUGACGGGGUGAUGCGGCUCGACUUCGCCUCGUCGGAUGAUUUGACGGGUCCCGCCCAAGCAUGGUAUCGAGAUUAUUUCGGCUUGAGCGCAGAUUUCACUCGUCCGGCGACUCAAGCGGAUCGCAUCAUAGAGCUUUCGGGCUACGAACGUCGGGAUUCAACCAGUGCGUCUAAGUUGAGGACUCAGCAGCCCUUCGCGCGGAUUGGACGCGAUGAUAUUGAACAUGAGAAGAAUACUGGUUGGGAUAGGCGAUGGCAGCGGUUAGGACCACCGGGUGCCUGGAGACGGUCGGAUCUGGUUACGUGAGUGUCGUGAUUCUUGUCUCAAGCGGCAAACUACUUUCGGUUAUGGAAGAACGAGUGGAGGGCUUUUAUGAGAGAGGAUUACUCCCAAGAACAAGAUUUUCAAAAGAACAAUGCACAUUGCACUAAAAUCUAGAAAGGAUAGAAAUUAAAUAAGAAUUGUUUCUCCAGCUCCAUUAGCGC